UCCCAAAUUUCAAGAACAGUUUAAUUAAUUUUCCACGAUAUGGAUGAACUGAGGUUGAAAGAUACUCUGAAAUUCUUCUCGUUCGUCUGAAUCCAAUAAAUGGGUCUCUAAGGCGUUGUGGAUUUCACAGAAAAGUCGAAGAAAAAUCCAUAAAAUCCUCUUAAGAAACGAGUUUUUUCUUCUUCUGAUUCUUAUUUUCAAUCUGUUUCUUACUCAUUUACUCAGAAAAAUCCACUCAUUCUCUCGCUAUUUGAAGUCCGCCCAUGAAUUUCCCCAAGCGCCUCCUCCUCUUCCCUGAUUCAUAUCGAAAACCAGUUGUCUUUCUUUAGUCAACUGGUUGUUUUUGUUGUUUGUUCAUUCAAUCCGCUAUGGAUUUUGAUGAUAUCGGCUCCAAUCAGGGCCGCUCCAUCGGCGACUACAUAUUGGGGCCGAGAAUCGGGUCGGGUUCGUUCGCCGUCGUGUGGAAGUCGAGGCAUAGGCACUUGGGGACGGUGGUUGCCGUGAAGGAGAUUGACAAAACACAUCUUAAUCCCAAAGUCAGUGAUUCUUUGCUCAAAGAGAUUUCUAUUUUAAGCACUAUAAAUCAUCCCAAUAUCACUCGUCUCUUCGAAGCGAUUCAGACUGAUGAUAGGAUUUUUCUUGUUUUGGAAUACUGUGAUGGUGGUGACCUUGGGGGUUAUAUUAAUCGCCAUGGAAAAGUAUCUGAAGUAGUUGCUCGAGGCUUGAUGAGGCAAUUGGGUAUGUUAUUACUCUGCCUUCAAUUGGUGUUUUUUGGUUUAGGAUUAUAUACAAAGUUCAUGAGUGUGUGGAUAUUAUGUGCAGCCACUGGCUUGAAAGUUCUUCAAGAGAAACAACUCAUUCAUAGAGAUUUAAAGCCUCAGAACUUGCUGUUGACAUCUAACAAUGGGACUCCGCUUUUGAAGAUUGGAGAUUUUGGAUUUGCCAGGUCCUUAUCAAAUCAGUCAUUGGCCGACACGCUCUGUGGUUCACCUUUGUAUAUGGCUCCGGAAAUUAUUCAGAACCAAAGAUACGAUGCCAAGGCCGAUUUGUGGAGUGUUGGAGCAAUUUUGUUUCAGCUAUUGACAGGGAAGCCUCCAUUUAGUGGCAAUAGUCCAUUUCAGCUCUUCCAGAAUAUUUUGGAAUCCACUGAGCCAAGAUUUCCUAAAGGUGCUUUGGAAGAGCUACAUCCCGACGCUUUGAAUCUUUGCAGAGGCCUUUUACGUCAAAAUCCAGUUGAACGGCUUACGUUCAAGGAGUUCUUCGACCACAAAUUCUUCGAGGAGCCAAGAUCAAAUAAAGCUGUUGAGGAAGCAUCUGAAGUUCAGCCAAUUGUAUCAGCCAGCUCCGAAUCGGCAACAGAUAAUUCACAGCUAGAACGACCUAUUGAGUCAUCGAACAGAGAUUCAGAAAUCGCUAGUUCGUCCGUAUGUAAUAGAAUAUCUGGAGCGAAGAACAUUUACAGUUCGGGAAUGGAGAGUGUACAGAAGCCAAUGCUCAAUCUUGGAGUAGAGGAGCUAAGAAAAUCUCUCGAUUCUAUUCAACAAUCCAUGAAUCAGUUUCAAGUUUCUGAUUCAAUGGAGUCGAUCGAGAAAGAUUAUGUAAUCGUGAAUGCUCAUUGUACUUCAUUGGAGGCUUCUUCUUAUCACCUCGAAACUUCAUUACAAGGUUCAUCAAGAGUUUCUCAUACUCUCAGUAUCGAUCGGGAUAUGACAGCCAAAACCCAGAAGGAGCUUAUUGGUAGUACAAGAGAUACCGGAGAAACGUCAUGUAGUCGAGGUCGAUCCUCAAUGCCAUGUGCAGCAUCUAUGUUAAGAGAAGUACAAGGGCUACCAAUAUUGCAUCCCUCUACCAGGCUCCAGUUGUUUCAACAAUAUGUCCAGGUUCUUUCAGAUUUAUCACAAGAAAAGUACAAUGCAGGAACGUUCUUAGAAUCAUUUUCAGUUGAACUGGUUGCUUUAGCAUUAUGGCAGAAAGCGGUCGAAAUUAGUGAAACCUGGCUGAGUUCUUCAGCUGAAACCGAAUCUUCAAAAAGUAGUUCGAGAACUGAUUCUACCCCUCUUCAGAAAGAUCCCGACUCUGCUGCAAAUAAAGAAGAAAAUGUCGAUUUUAAUAGGCCGUCCUUGGUUUCUAAGUGGGCAGAGCUAGGGUUCAUUGCUGCCGUGGAUCAGGCUGAGAAGUUAUCGCAAAGUAUCCAAGAGACCGAUGGUGCCACUAAGAUGCCUGAUGCUAUAGAGAUCAUAUUCCAAAAAGCCAUUGCCCUUGGGAAAAGUGGAGCUGUAGAUGAAUACAUGGAAAACAAGGACAAAGCAGUAGCUUCAUACUCCAGAGCCAUUCUUCUGUUUUCAUUCAUUUUGGGAGAAGCUGAAUCCCUUGAGAUUAAACCUCCAUUUUCGCUAACUUCGGAUAAUAAGCGACGAAUUCAACAUUAUAUUCAUUACUUGCAGACUCGUACUAACUUGUUAACAUCACAACCAUAAUCACAAGACGCUCCCUCGACAAGUAAACGAAAGGGAAGAUCUUAACUGUGCAGACUGUACAGCUCUACAUAUUUACUUCUCGACUCCGCUCCUGCUGGGUUUGGAACUGUUGGCCGACGCUCAUCAGCUUCGGUAAUUAUGUCAAUAUAUUUUCUUUUUCCUUUGAUAUAUUUUGGGGUUCUCUGUGUCCCCGUUAUUUAGGAGGUUAGACGCUCAAACAUGAGAACAUAUAUUAAUACAGAAAAAACUUGAUGAAAAAGUUACUUAAGUAGUAGAAAUUAGGACUUUGUAGCUUUUAUUGGGAGGAGUCUUGUGAAUAAGUUGAUCCAUUUUUUUCUGUUGAGGAUUGUAAAUAUGAAUUCUACUUUGUAUAUAUAUGUUUACUUUCUGCUGCUAA